GGGCUCCGUUGUCAAGGCGACACUUCCCUAAACAGGGCCCUUUUGCUCAGUGGCGUGCGCAGUCACUAAAGCGUUAAUCCCGACGACAUAGGCGAGUUCACUAGCCUUAGAAGUUUGUUCACGGACGCGGUGCCGUAUUCUGGACAAGUUUAGCACUUAUGCCAAUGCUCCAAUGGCCGAACAGCAGAACCCUUCGGAGAGGACCGGACGGGGCUGUAUGUUGCACAACUGGGUAGAGGAGAGGGCUGUUGCUCCUCUUGACACUCAAAGGACAAGGUUACAAAUUCUCAAACAAGGACACGGAGGAAUUCUCACAAUGGACUUGGGGUCCAAAAUGGAGACCGUCACCACGCUGAAAGCGAGUUAUGUCCCUCCAAAAGGUCCAGUGGUGAGGCUGCGGGGCAUCAGAGGCGAGCUUUUGGAAAAACACAUCGCCGAGAUGAUGAGAGACGAGGUUCAGGCUGAACUGAACACGCAGAGUCCUGAAAUGGACUACUGCUCCACAACCCAGAAAGAUUUCUGUGUGGAGGGAUUCGUGCCUCUCACCCCCGAAACAACACAAGUAAGUGUUCAUGAUUAUAAAACUGACGAGGCCAUCACCUUUUGGAGUGAGAAUUACCAGCGGAUACAGGGUGUGACUGCCGUGCAGAACCCGAAAGCACCUUUCAGGAAGUCGGCCCUGUUCAGCACUCCGAUCAGCGAGCGGCUGGAUGAAAUCGAGCUCCCACCCGAUAACUGAAACAGUGUGUUGGAGUAUCACUUCACUUCAAGUUGAUAUUAAAGUGGUUAUCCACUUUGAAGGUAAUCGUUGUUCGUGACGUUUCACGUCUGCUGGUAAUAAGCUUUCAUGUUCAAAUCUGAGAACCAUGAAGUCACUGGAAAGGCAGCCUUUCAGCCCUGAAUAUCUACACAUUUAGAAGAUGUUAAUAGACAUCAGGGGAAGAUUGUUUAGGUUUAGUAAUUCUGCAAAUAAUAAACAAACAAAAGAAUACAUGCCACACACAAAGCCGAUGUCAACAUUUGCCUACUUGUUUGACUUCUUAAAAAAAUGGUAGUGUAGUGUUUUUGGCCGCUCUUGUGUGUCACUUAGUGAAAAGCCAAAGCGACACAUGGCCAGUUAACAACAACUAAAGGAAUGAACAGACGUAGCUGCAUUGCUCUUCUUUCUUGACUAGAUUAUGUUCAUGUUUACAUGUGCAACACUAAAACAAACAAAUUCCCCUCUACUUUGCAGCUGCAUGGACUAUGAGUCCAUGCAUUAUUAUAGCCUUCUUAUAAACACGAUUUGAGUGACUAUGAGUCCAUGCAGCUGCAAAAGCCAGCUAUUAACUAACAGCAAGAACAUUCAGACUGUCUGAAUAACACUGAGAUAUAUAUAUAUAUAUAUAUAUAUAUAUCUCAUCCGUGAUAUGAAUGAAACAGGAACCUUUUAGCAACAUUAAACACAAUGGAGCCCAUCUUUAACCUCUGAAAGAAUAACGCUGGGAUAUCUAAUGGAAAAAACAUGUGCAAUAGACAAUCCAGGUCAUGUUGUUGAGUAUUUUUUUUCCUUUCAAAGCGACAGCAAAUGUAAUCCUUUUUAUAACUGGGCUGUUAUUUGUACCAUGCCCUCGUGCCGCCUCUCCAUCUUAUUCUAUCAAAAUUGGUAAUUUGCAGGUCAAAAGAUAUGUGUUAGGUAUAAUUAUAACCUUCUUAUAAACACGGUUUGAGUGACUAUAUUUCAAUAUGACGCAGGUCCUAAAUUCCUGGGGGAAAAAAUGUUUUCCUUUUAUGGCCUUUUUCUUUGUUUCAUGAUCUAAACAAAGAUGUUGGCCAAUUCUUGCUACUGUCUUCGUUUGGACUAGAAAAUAGAGCAACGUGGUUAAUCGUUUUUUCAUUUGACUUUGAGGAUCACUGGAAGCUGAUUUAAGAAUGUCGAUUUUCAGGCCCUUACAGUAAAGGGAUCAAAUUUUACAAAUUUUCUCAUACAUUAGUUUGUUUUUCCAUUCCUAAAUCAAAAACGGGAUGCUGAGAGAACAUCUGUCUACAACAAGCAGAGCAUCAAUGCAGCUAUUUUUGUACUUCAUUGUGAUUACAUGUUCGUAACCAUCUCCAUGACUACCAGCAUCUCUGUAAAGAAUCAUCUCUUGACGAGAACUGAAUGUUGGACUCCUUCUUCUUUUGUGUGGCACGGCUUACAUGGGCGCCCACUCGGGGAAAUGUCACUUUCUGUUGAAGGGCGGCACGGUGGUGUGGUGCUUACUACUGUUGCCUCACACCAAGAAGGCCCUGGGUCCUUUCUGCCCCCUAAAUCUCACCCAUGAUUGUUAAGAAGAAUUGCGAUACCAGUGUGCAAAGGUCAGUCCCUGCGACCUUAUUCUCGUGAAAGCUCAGAUCAUUGAGAAAAGGUACACGUCUACCGAAAUGGAAGUACUCAAGUAAAAAUUAAUAUAAGAUACGGUGAUUUUCCAGCUCUGCAACUCUGUUAAAGCAGACCUCUCUGGUUUGAGAACACAGGGAAUUUCCACCAGAAGUUUCUGCCCUUGUGAAGGAAAGACUUCUGUGCAUGUUGCGGUACAGCCAUCCCUAACCUGUCUGUGAGCAAACAAAAACCGAGAUUCCAACCGGUCCGACCUCAGAACCGACUGGCAGGAUGCGUCGUGUUAGAAUUUCAACAAGAUAAUUCAAUUUAUGCCUGUUAAUACAUUCAGUGGUGUUCGAUCGGUGUCCUGUGUUUACCUAGCUGGAAUAACACUGCGUCGUGUGGCCCGCCGCUCGGUAUCGUAAUAAAGCGAAGCGGCGCUGUGCUGGUGUUAUUUACGUCUUCCCUCAGCACACCGUUGAGUCUACACUUCCCCCCCCCUCCCCCCAGUGUUUUGGUUGGCAUUUAGUCAGCUUGUCAGCACAUCUCUACCACUUGCUUUUAGCGAUCCCUUUUUUCUUCUUUUUGAUGAAGCCUAGCAGUGUCUAUGGCACAGAAACACCUCCGCCUUUACACCCGGGGGCCAACAGCAAGAGUGCUGCCUGCUUUUUCCCCUUAUUUUUCCCCAAUGUAAGGGAAAUCCUUUUGGCGAUUUUAUUAAAAUGUGUUUAUUUAAAACAGCUGUCCAAGGUACGAUUCGGUCCGUUGGCGUCGGGAAUGUUGGACAGAAACGCAGAAAAGACAUAUAUUCUCCAAAAGAGAGAUUCUGCCUCGAUUCUAACCUUGACCACACUGCCUCUAAAUGAGUGUUGUGUUGAGUCUGAAAGCCCCAUUAGGAGGGAGUUGUAGAAAAGCGUGUAACAUUAGCAUCAAGGUCUGGGAUUCCCAUUUUGUCUUCUGACUGCAGCCGUUGUCGAUUUCUUUCAUGCUUUUAGUUGCUGAAAAAAACAUUGAUCUCCCGACAUGCUUUUAGCUUCUAGAUUUUUUGACCUUAGACCUUUUUAGUCUGCAUGUGUUUUUGCUUUCAUCCACAACAGUGAUGUUGGCCUUUUAUGUUGAUUUUCUGUCUAUUUUUAUAACCCUGAACACCCCACUCUAUUGACGUGGAUAGUUGCCUAAACUGAACAAUAACUCUUGAUAUAAUUAAUGCCAUGACUAAUUAACGAUGUAAAUCUAAAAAUCAAAAGGGUUUAGUUCCUAUAAAAGCA